AUUGUAUGUAUGAAGGCCGGAUCUGAUUGGAGGAUUGAUGUUACGAAGCGACUGAGUUUUCUUGGCUUGUGAGUUUUGGAUUGUUUAUAGUAUUGCUAUGGCGGCAACGGGCAACCUUCGUGCUCAGGUUGCCCUUCUUUUGAAAAGCGACAAUGGAAGGGUUGUAGUAAGGCCCCAUUUACCUUUGGUUUUAGCGAAUAAAGUGGCAAACCGUAAAGAACAUCUAGGAGAGGCAAGUUGUAUUACAGAGAUGUCUGUGAUGAUGGCCUGCUGGAAGCAAAAUGAUUUCAGUGAUGCUGCUUGUGCUAAAGAAAUUGCUGCUUUCUUUACAUGCACUGCCAAUGCAGAGUCUGAGCGUAAGGCCAGGGAAAACCAAGAUGGAGUUGCUGGACAAACAGGAAAGCUGCCUGCUAAACAAGUUAAUAAAUUGCUUCAGAGGUUCCCCAAUAUCACACACGAAAUAUAAUAAAACCUUUGGAAUGGAAAUAUAUAUUAAGGCCUUUAAAUUCUCUUCAUGGAACUACAGGAAAAAUUAAGCUGAACUUCAGUUUGAAGAAGGAAGAUAAGCUGGUUUGAAGAGUGCACUGUCAAAUUCUUUAGCUAGCUUGUGUAUUCUAUAUGUUCAAGCAUUCAGCUGACUGUGGAAGGCAUGAUGGAAUAUUUUGAGGGUUGAGAUGGCUCUUCUAUUAAACUGAAAUUUAUUACCCA